AUGCUCUGGAGUACAUCAACUCACCUGAAUUUGUUUGUUUGUUUGUUGCAGGUGCAGCAGCAGGUGCACCCCCACCUGACGGCGCGAGACGAUGCUCUGGAGUACAUCGAGGGGCUGAUCCUGCAGCUGCUGGGGAUGCUGUGCUCCUGUCACCCCCACACGGUCCAGGACGUGGAGGAGAGGGUCCAGCGAACCUUCCCUCACCCCAUCGACAAGUGGGCCAUCGGGGACGCACAGUCCGCACUCGACAGGUACAAGAAGAAGUCACCACUUGUGUUGCCUCAUGACAAAAUCCACCCACUGCUUAAGGAGGUUCUGGGGUACAAGGUAGACCAGCAGGUUUCCCUGUACAUCGUGGCUGUACUGGAGUACAUCUCUGCUGAUAUUCUAAAGUUGGCAGGUAACUAUGUAAAGAACAUCCGACACAGAGAGAUGUCAUGUCAGGACAUCAAGGUGGCCAUGUGUGCAGACAAGGUGCUAAUGGACAUGUUCCAUCAGGACGAGGACAUGAGUCUGUCUAACGUGGAGGAGGAACCACCGCCCAUCCGCAGGGGGUCCCUGUCGUUUGAGGAGCAGGUGAAGGAACUGAUCAUGGAAGAGACUCAGUACAUCCGAGAUCUCAACAUGAUCAUCAAGGUGUUCAGGGACCCCAUGGCUGUCAACCCUAAACUCUUCUCAGAGCAGGACCUGGACCAGAUCUUCAGUAACAUCCUGGACGUGCACGAACUGUCCAUCACGUUCCUGGGGCUGCUGGAGGACACCAUGGAGAUGACUGAUGAGAACAACCCGGCCGCCGCCGUCGGGGGCUGCUUCGAGGAGAUGGCAGAGUCUGCAGAGUUCGAUGUGUACCGGACCUAUGCCCAGGACAUGAUGAAUCCUGCCAGCAGACAGAGGCACAGUCAAGUCCUGGUCAAACCUAAAGUCGCCCUGUUUUUUCAGUCUGUAAGUCAAGGUUUUAAGGAGGCUGUUCAGUAUGUCCUGCCCAAGCUGCUGCUAGAACCCAUCUACCAUUGUCUGCACUACUUCGAGGUUAUAAAGCUACUAUUGAAGACCUGUCCAGAUGAAGAAGAUAAAGAAAGCCUAGAACAGGCACACGGUACACUCAGACCACUUCAGCUACAACUAGAAAGAAUAUGUGAAGGGAAGUUGCCAAAAAGAAAACCAGGGGACUACUCCAUCAGAUUCCAGCGGAGGCCGGGGAAUAGAUCGUCACUAGCCAAACUGAAUGAGAUUCAGAAGAGCAUUGAUGGGUGGGAGGGCAAAGACAUAGGGCAAAGCUGCAAUGAGUUCAUCAUGGAUGGACAACUAGGAAUGUUUAGCAAGAACCGGGCGACAGAGAGACAUGUGUUCCUGUUUGACGGGCUGAUUCUGGCGUGCAAGCCGAACCAGCGCCGGUCUGUCACAGGCAACGCCACCGAGUACCGGCUCAAGGAGACCUUCUUCAUGAGGAAAAUAGUCAUCAACGACAAGGAGGACAGCGAUGAACUAAAGCAUGCCUUUGAGAUUGUGGCGAGAGACCAGCCCAACACAAUCUUCUUUGCCAAAAAUGAGGAUGAAAAGAACAACUGGAUGGCAGCGCUCAUCACUCUGCACUGUAGAAGUACACUGGAGAGAAUGUUGGACAGCAUACUACUGGAAGAAGAAAAGAAACAACCCUUAAGAUUACCAGAUGAGUCUCAGUAUAGGUUUGCCAUGGAAGACCGGCCAGACAACAUCGUGUUUGAGGACAAUCAGCAGUCCCUGGUGGGGGUUCCUGUCAUCAAGGGUGGCUCGCUCAUCAAGCUCAUAGAAAGACUCACAUAUCACAUGUAUGCAGAUCCCACGUUUGUGAGAACGUUCCUGACCACCUACCGCUCCAUAAGCAACCCCUGUGAGCUGCUAGACCUCCUCAUCGAGAGAUUCGAGAUCCCCGACCCCCCUCCCACCCCGGAAGACCAGGCUGCUAUCGACAGAGGAGAGGUGGUCGUCCGAGAGGACCUGAAGAGGUUCCGGAAAGAGUACGCCCAACCUGUGCAACUCAGGGUUCUGAAUGUGUUCCGGCACUGGGUGGACCACCACUUCUACGACUUUGAGCGGGACAAAGAUCUGCUGGACAAGCUGAUGGAGUUUAUCGAGGGGGUGAAGGGAAAGACCAUGAGGAAAUGGGUCGACUCCAUCACCAAGAUAGUUUCGCGACAGACAUCAUGUGAAAACGUACCCAGGGAAAUUACUUUUGAAAGAACCCCUCCCUCCAUAGAAUGGUAUAUAGCAAGGACACCUGACCAGUUCGAGCUACUCACACUCCAUCCAAUAGAAAUUGCCAGACAGUUGACGUUACUCGAGUUUGAUUUAUACAGAGCUGUGAAGCCGUCGGAGUUGGUAGGAAGUGUCUGGACCAAGAAGGACAAGCACAAGACGUCGCCCAACUUACUCAAGAUGAUCCAUCACUCCACAUGUUUGACCAGAUGGAUGGAGAGGUGCAUUGUGGAAGCUCGCAACAUCGAUGAAAGAGUGGCCAUGCUGUCUAGAGUUAUAGAAAUCCUCAUGGUGUUCCAGGAACUGAACAAUUUUAACGGAGUCCUGGAGAUUGUGAGUGCGCUGGAAUCUGCAGCCGUACACAGGCUGGAACACACCUUUAAGCAAGUAUCUGAGAAAAAGCUGGCUGCUCUGGAUGCUGCCAAGGAGUUGAACGCCGAUCACUACAAGAAGUACACAGAAAAGCUCCGCUCCAUCAACCCACCAUGUGUGCCUUUUUUUGGCAUGUACUUGACGAACAUACUUAAGACGGAAGAAGGCAACCCUGACUUCCUCCCAAACUACCCUGACGGGAUUAUCAACUUCAGCAAGAGAAGAAAAGUGGCUGAGAUCACAGGGGAGAUUCAGCAGUACCAGAACCAGCCCUACUGUCUAACUGUGGAGCAGGACAUCAGGAGAUUCUUUGAGAGUCUGGACCCCCUGGAAGGUAGGACAGAACAGGAGUUUGAUGACUACCUGUACAAGCAGUCCUUGGAGAUCGAGCCCAGAAACGCGAAGCAGCCACCCAAAUAUCAAAGGAAAACGGACUACCCCCUGAAGACCCCUGGCAUCAAGCCCAGCUCCUCCCGGCACAUGUCCGUGUCGGGGACGCUGCGGGGCGGAAACCUGGUCCCGCUGGACAAGGAGCCGAGGUCCUUCCGGUACCACGAGGUUCACGAUGACGACGCGGGGGGCUCCACCACGCCGCACGUCAACACGCCCCCCUCCCCACGCACGCCGCUCACCCCGCCCUCCAACACCGGCUUCGACCACAGCGUGUUCGCGCCCGUACAGAUCCCGCCGUCCGGACCGGCUCAAAACCCCUCCUCUGCAGGGAAGCACCCCCGCCAGGCAGAUUCCGACAACGCCAGUCCUCCCCCGCUGCCGCCACGGACAAGAAAACGGGACUCGUCUCGCGAGGAGCCUCCCAUGACCCCCCGCGGCGGAAUUCCGCAGUCCUCGGACGCACCCGAGCUGCCCCCCAGGACUCCCUUACCAGUGCCUGACCUCCCCCCCAGAACUCCUGUCGCCGUGCCUGACCACAGGCCCCCCCUGCCCCCUCGGAGGACGUCGUCGACGUUCGGCAUCAACGGCGGAACUGUGCCGCCGAUGUCGCCGGUCGGACACGUGCCCCAGGCGCCGGAGCUGCCGCCAAAGACCUACAAACAGGCGCAGGCGCACGCCCAGGCACACGCGCAGUGACGGCGGCCGUACGUUACUCUCUUCUCUCUCUCUCUCUCUCACGUUCUCUGGAAGAGUAACUAAGAUCGUAGGGCAGACCGGCGUCUGUGCCGGACGCACUCCAUCCAUGCUGCAGUGGGGAAAAACUUGUGGCCAGGAGAAAUCAAACAACUUUGAGGAGUACUUUCCCUCUUCGUCCCCCCCACGAAGUCCAGAGACUGAACAUUGGACGUCGGCACUGUUCGCUCUACAAGCUGGGAGGAUUUCCUUUGUCACUGGUGUUGCAUCGCGAAGAUCAAUGUAUGCUCUUAGCGCCCUAUAGAUGAACGGUAGGAUGGCUACAACAAUGUGGCAACAUCACUCACUCACUUCAAUUCAGAGCUGCAUCUUCUACUAUCCAGGAUUUCACUUGCACUGAAUGUCAUGACUACUUCCAAUGACAAGACAAGUACUGUUCCCCCUCGUAGUCUCCAGAUGCUUUCCAAGACACUUUGCUAUAAUUGUGCAAUGAAGUCAGUGUGAACUAAAUGAAAAAGGGGAUACAUGUAAAUCAUCAACAUUUGCCAGUAUUGUGGUACCUGCUUUUCACUUUAGAAACGUCAGUCAUACACGGUUUUUUGUUUAUUUCUUGCUUGCACGUCCAAAAUAUCAGUUUUGAUUCCAGCCACCCUCUAUGCCUGCGUUCUGUGGGUCCUUAGAAAUGGGAACAAACUUGGUGUUUGGGCAAAACCCAUUUUCAGUUCUGUUGUAGGCAAAAAAACAACAACAAGCUUUACCACGAAGUACAGAACUACAAAGUUUAAAAUCCGUCAGUAAGAGGCUCAAGUGAAAAGAAGGGGUCACAGCAAACGGUAGAGUUGACUAGAAGCAUUGGUCUACAUUUCUGACAAAUGAGCAUGUGCCACAAGUAGCUGCCAGUCCAGUUUGCCUAGCAGUCGUCAGUAAAGUUAUUAAUUCAGAUCUUUAUCUUAGCUACCACCCACAUAACUUUGAAGGACAGCAGAACCGACUUGUCCAGUUGCAGUAUGUAGUUGUGCAAAUAUUAGGGCUGUACUAAAAUUUAAUAGGCAGAUGGAGGGGGGUUGGGGGUUUCUUCAAUGGAAAUUUCUAGCAUAGACUGCAAUUUUUUGCCACACCGCCCAACUGGACGUUUGGAAAGGCCAAUCAAGUUUUUUUUGUUGGAGUCAUACAUUGAAUAAUAACAUGUCAUCAUGAUUACCUGCAAUAUGAGUGACUAGGGUCUGCAACACAACUGAGCCUGUGGUUGUACCAUACGAACUGAAGUGUACUUAAAAGAGCAAUUUGAAGGUGCAAGUUUUGAGAUUAUGUACGUAUGCAUUUUAAUUGUAGAUUUUAUUUCAUGCAAGAAAAUUAUGUAAAUAGAAGAAGAAGACAUGACAUUAUGUACAAGUAGCAAUUUUACUGAUGUUCUUCAACAAGUACAGAAAUCUGGAUGUGUAAGUUUUAUGGUGACCACAGUCAGCAUGGCUUCUAUGUUUUUUAUACAGAGUAGACCCUCCAGUUUUUACCCCAGUGCCGUGCUGCCUGUGCAUUUGGAGUUUUAUAUUAAAACAAGGU